AUGAUACUAAUUUCAAUUUUUUUUCUUUGUCUUAUUCCAUGUUAUUUAACUCAUGAAUGCAUCAUUAAAUCACCAUUACAAGACAUUGACUUAAGUAAUCCUAAUGUGUAUAUACAAAGUGAAGAUUUUACUUGUCCACAACCAUUAGUUAAUUACACUAUUACAUUACAAUCACCCUCACCUGUUACUUUACAUCACCUACCGUCAAUUGCCUUUUUAAUUAUUUACUCUGAAGUUCCAGUGACGGUUGUUGAUUCAUUUAGUGCAUUUGAAUUUCAUUUUAAUUCAAAUCAACAUUUAACCAUUGAGUCAUUUAUUGGACAUGUUAGAUGUCAACAAUGUUCAUUAGAUAUAAUUACUGCAAUUCUUAUUUCUCCAAGUUUUGGAGAAAUAAACAUUAGUGGAUAUGCCAUAAUCUUAUCUCCUUAUAAAAUUCAUUUUACUCAAAUUACUAAUAGUGGAACAUUAUCAAUUAUUUCUCCAUAUCCUCCUCAAAUUGAUUCUUAUAAAGGAUAUGACUAUACUACUUUCUUAACACCAUCAAGUAUUUACAACCCUUCUUCUGGUAUUAUUCCUUCAAGAAGUAUUGUUUCAAUAUUACAUCCUUACCAAAAUUUAAUCAUUUCUGAAGUAAUUAAUAACAUAUUUAUUUCUUCGUCUAGAGCAACAAUUAUUAAUUCACUAUCAUUUCAUAGCAUCUUUCUUUUGAACGGUGAAUUAAGAAUAACUGAGCCAAUAGUUGUUACUAUGUUUUCUUCAAGUCAUUCAAAAAUUAUAUUAGAUGGUGGAAGAGUUAAAUCAUUUAUGGUGACAUUAAAUCACACUACUAUUGAAGUUAAUCAACCAGUGGAAACAUUCUUUAUUACUCAUUCAACAAUUAUUGAUAGUUUAAAUGUUAAAACCUAUUAUAAAAGCACAGCUAAUUUAUUCAAAGUUAUUGAAUCAAACACAGAAAUUAAAUCAAUAAACUCUUCUUUACUUCAACUUGUUGCAGACAGUAAAGUUGCUGUGAAAAUAGAUGGAACUCCAAUAAUUACUGCAUUUAAACAAUGUCAUGUGAUUUCAAAUGGACAAAGAGAAUUACUUCUUAAUAGUACAAAAGUUAAGUAUAGAGAAGAGUAUUGUCCUUGUACUGAUUGUGAAAUGAUUAUUGAAGACUCUCAGCCUGUUGUUCUUGAUUUGACUUAUGCUAGAGUUGGUGGUAUAAAUUGUAUAACAGAAUGUAUUAUUAAAUCAAACCAAAUGAUAACAAUUAACAGUCUUAAAGGUAAGUCAAUUACCGUUACAUCAAAUAUAACUCUUGAUAUGCUUAUUCCAGUAGAUGGAGGAAAAAUUAUUUUUGAGAAAGAAGCUAUUUUGUUCAGUUCAUUAAAUAAUAGAGAAACUAUAACAGUUGUUGGAAAUGAUAAGUUUUACUUCAAAGGAACUACUCUUGUUGGAAUGAAAAUGAAAAUAAAUCAUUUCAUCUCUUUUUCUAAUAGUAAAAGUGUUAUAAUAGAAAAAGGUAGUAAUAUUGAAUUAGGUUACAAUGCUUAUAUUGAUACUUUAACAACUACUAUAGUAUUUGGUAAUAUCCAAUGUAGAGCAGGAACUAUUGGCUGUAUAAGAAUAAGUCCUGAAGGAAGUUUUGUUUUUGAACGGGAAAGUAAACUAGGUUUAAUAGUAAAUAUGUCCGAAUGGAAUGGUGAUCCUCAAUAUCUUUUGUUUAGUCCUAAAACAUUAUUUACUCAAGAAACAAAAUUACCUCAACUUUAUCUUAUAGACAAUACAACAAACGAAAUUACAAAAACUGGUAGAUUGUAUAUCGAAUGUUUUGGUAAAUGGAUUAUGUAUAAACGUUUGUUUUUUUUUAUUUUCAUUAUUCUUUCAUUCUUAUUAUAA